AUGAGACGCGGACACGUGAUCUCCUGCAAGAUGUCGAGUGCAGAGCCAGCCGAGCCUACUGCCGGAGGCAACGAGAGUGAUACGACAGAACAAGGAAGGAGCGAAGCCAGUUCAUCCAGCCAAGAUACGUCCGCCACCAACGAUACUUCACCGACCAACGAUACAUCGCUAGAGGAAGAAGACGCUCCUGUUGAAGAUGAUAAAUAUAAAUACAUCACAUGGUCCAACAAAACAAGACGGAAGUGCUUCAGUGGCCAGUACAAAGAAGAGGGCAACGAGCUAGCAAAACUCAUUGCACGCCUGUGGCCAUAUGCCUUCGAUUAUCGCCCCGAGGUUAUCCUCAAGAAGGCUACAGACAGGUCAAACAAACUAGUGUACCACCUCGACGUGGCUGACUCGGAUUCCCACGAUACGUUGUUCCCAGACGGCGUACUCCCUUGGAAGCCUGGGAGAGGAGAAGCGAUAGAGAAUUUGAAACUGCAGCUGCAGUUCAUGGCUGACGGUGGGGUACGAGCUCCGGUCGAUAGGACUGAUGCCGAGGCCGUGUUAAACGAGGUCAAAUCUCUCAAGCGGCGUUUGGACAAGUUUCCAUCCCGGCCGUAUGACUAUGGAAUGAUCGAACCGGAUGCCAAACACUCAACAUAUGCUUUGACAGCCCGUCCAAGACACAAGAGCAAGGGCGUGGAAAGACUUAUUGGAGAAUUUGACACAAAGGCCAAGAUGGCUGUUGCCUUGGAGAAGAAGACACGAAAAGCGGUGCUUGAUCUGGAGAGUCAGGAGAGUCAGCCGAAACGUCAGUGGAUCAGGAAGAGCAUCCGAUGA